UUUGUCGUUUUAUGUCUCGGUAAUGUGGCCAAAUUUGUGAGAAUUUAGUGUAGAAACCUGAACAUGAAAAGAAGAAGCCAAAGGCUAAACCCCUCCGCAAUGGCAUACGAACCUGUCGUCGAAAUGAAGAAGCAGAAAUCUGCGGCACCACACUCGGAAGACCUGGCGGUCCCAGGCUGUUCCUAUACUGCCGUGGCUGCGCCGAAGCCAUCAAAGACCUCGCAAUACCAGCAGCUGUUGGCGUUGGAUAAGCAGGAUUUGGUGCGCAACGUUGAGUCCAGUUUGUGCCAUCUUUGCGAUGGUAUCACUUCCGCCGGAUUGGGUGUGGUCCUGGUCAACUGCUUGCAUACCUUCUGCGCGGAAUGUCUAAAACAAUCGCUUCUGAAGGGCGACACCGUUCGAUGUCCGUUUCCCAAGGGACGGUACGAGUGUGUAGGAAAUGUGGAGGACCGCGAGCUGGAAGCACUGCUGGAUCCGGAUGAAUAUCGUGCCCUGAUGGAGCGACAGUUCGAAGCGAUCAGUGAUGUGCUCCCUGCGGAGGAGAAGCCAAAGAAGGCCACCGUUACUUCCAGGGCCGACCUGGAACUGCUGGUGACGCUGAGCGAUGCCAGCGUUGUUCCGAAUCCGGAAGCGUUCGAAUGUCCGAUUUGUUUCGUUCCGUACGAACCGUACGAAGGGGUCAUCCUGCGGGAUUGUUUCCAUUGCUUCUGCCGCGAGUGUUUAGGGAGUUCGAUCAAGCACGCGGACGAUGUGGUCGUAAAGUGUCCCUACAAGGACAAUGACAGUUCCUGUGAGAGUGUGAUCCAGGAUCGGGAGAUUAGGACGCUACUCAGCGCCAAAGAUUACGGUGCCUAUUUGGAGCGAUCGCUGAAGAAGGCGGAGAGUUUGGCCGGGAAGGCUGCGUUCCACUGUAAGACGCCGGAUUGUGCCGGGUGGUGCCUGGUGGAGGCCGAGGUCAACUGGUUCGAGUGUCCCAUCUGUCAGGCGAGCAACUGCUUGAAAUGCAAGGCCUUACACGACGGCAUGACCUGCGAGGACUACCAAGAUCGGCUGACGGGUAACUACGAGAACCGCCGUUCGGAACGGGCGGUGCAGAACAUGAUGGACGCCGGCCAGGCCAUGCUCUGUCCCAGCUGUAAGAUGGUCCUGAUCAAGAUCCAGGGCUGCGACUACAUCGUGUGCAGUGUGUGCAAAACCGGUGUUUGCUGGGCAACUCGAGGUCCACGGUGGGGCCCACUUGGUGUAGGGGACACCAGCGGCGGCUGUCGAUGCAAGGUAAACGGUAUGAAAUGCCAUCCGAAUUGCAACAAUUGCCACUAGAAAAUAUUUUCUUUAUUUAUUGAUUGGGAAUACUAUUAACCAUUACCUUAACUUCAAUUAAACUUGGCGGAUCUUGAGUCCAGUUUGUUUCCGUGAAUGUCCGUGUAUUUUACGCCAAACAAUAACACCAAUAAUAAAAAAUGUGA